AUGAGCCUUGCUUCAGAGGAUAAGCUGGUUAACAGAUCAUUACCACACAGCGAGCAUCUCGCAGCUACUUUGAGGCCUUUUAUCAUUGGCGGUGCGUCGGGUCUCGUUGCUACAACAUGCAUUCACCCUAUCGACGUGAUCAAAGUGCGACUGCAGCUCGCAGGACAAGGCGGAAGCUCGCCAUCGGGCUUGUUCUCCGUUGCCAGGGGCAUUGUAUCGCAGGGCAGGCUAUUGGACUUGUAUCAGGGCAUAUCUGCAGGCUACUUACGACAACUCGUCUAUGGGACAGCCCGUCUGGGUUUCUUCUACACGUUUGAAGAUGCGUUCAAAAGGCGAGCAUCAACGCAGGAUCGAGACAUCAAUUUUGUGGAGAGAGGAGUGGCGGGGCUCCUGGCUGGUGCCUUGGGAUCCUUUAUUGGUACCCCAACAGAAGUUGCGUUGAUUCGCAUGCAGAGUGAUGGGAUGAAACCACGAGCCGAACGCGCCAACUACCGUUCGGUUUUUGACGCUCUAUCCAGAAUCACUCGAGCGGAAGGCAUCCGUGGACUCUGGAGUGGCACAACUCCUACAGUCAUACGAGCAUGCUCAACAAAUUUCGGUCAACUGACCUUCUUUUCCGAAGCCAAACAUCAGCUAGCCAGACAUACCGAAAUGUCGCCCUAUACGCAGUCUCUUGCAGCCGCGGCAAUCGCGGGCACGUUCGCUGCCAUCCUAAGCUUACCGUUUGACUUUGUCAAAACACGCAUGCAGUGGCAAAAAAAGCAGAUAGGAGGAGGGGUGCAGUAUAGUGGUUUCUUUAACUGCGUCGUCAUGGUUGCAAGAACAGAAGGUUUGGCGGCAUUUGGCCACGGUUUCGUGCCGUAUUUCUUCAGGAUUGCUCCUCAUGCGUGA